AUGAACCGCGGCGGGGCGGGGGCGGCGCCCGCCUUCCCCGGCCCCGUGCAGUUCCCCGGCAGCACCACGGUGCUGGUGGAGCUGACCCCCGACAUCCACAUCUGCGGCAUCUGCAAGCAGCAGUUCAACAACCUGGACGCCUUCGUGGGGCACAAGCAGAGCGGCUGCCAGCUCACCAGUGCCACGGCCGGGGCCACCAGCACCGUCCAGUUCGUGUCCGAGGAGACCGUGCCAAGCACACAGGCUCAGAACACGAGCAGGGCCAUCGCCUCCGAGACACAGACCAUCACAGUUUCUGCCCCAGAGUUUGUGUUUGAGCAUGGCUACCAAACCUACCUGCCCAGUGAGAGCACAGAGCCUCCAGCUGCUGCUGCUGUCUCUACACCACCAAAAGCCAAGUCCAAGAAAAACUCAUCCUCAGUGCCACUGAAGAAACUCAGCUGCCUGUACCCAGGUUGUCAGUUCAAGACUUCCUACGGCAUGAAGGACUUGGAACGUCACCGGCGAACACACACAGGAGACAAACCCCACAAGUGCGAGGUGUGCAGCAAGUGCUUCAGCCGCAAGGACAAACUGAAGAUGCACAUGCGCUCGCACACGGGGGAGAAGCCCUACAAGUGCAAGCACUGCGAGUACACGGCAGCCGACAGCAGCAGCCUCAACAAGCACCAGCGCAUCCACUCCAACGAGCGCCCCUUCAAGUGCCAGAUCUGCCCCUACGCCAGCCGCAACUCCAGCCAGCUCACCGUGCACCUGCGCUCGCACACAGGGGAUGCCCCUUUCCAGUGCCAGAUGUGCCCCGCCAAGUUCAAGAUCAACUCGGACCUGAAGCGGCACCUGCGGGUGCACUCGGGGGAGAAGCCCUACAAGUGCGAGUUCUGCGAGGUGCGCUGCGCCAUGAAGGGCAACCUCAAAUCCCACGUGCGCAUCAAGCACAGCAUGGAGAACACCCUCAAGUGCCCCGAGUGCGACUUCCAGUGCGGCAACAAGACCAGCCUGAGGCACCACAUCCGCGGCCACCAGCCCGAGCAGCCCGUCAAGUGCUCCGAGUGCAGCUACUCGUGCUCCAGCAAGGCGGCCCUCAAGGUGCACGAGCGCAUCCACGGCAAGGAGAGGCCCUUCAAGUGCGAGUUCUGCAGCUUCGACACCAAGCAGCGCAGCAACCUCACCACGCACGUCCGCAAGGCCCACGGGGACAAGGCCAAGGGCAAGAAGCUGGACAGGAAGGAAGGAGAGAGGCCCAAGCAGGGCGGCUCCAGGCAGGUGGCCAAGCUGGACGCCAAGAAGGCCUUCAAGUGCGACCUGUGCGACGCGUCCUUCGUGCGGGAGGACUCCCUGCGCAGCCACAAGAAGCAGCACAGCCUGUACGGCGGCUCCAAGGGCAGCGAGCUGGCCGUGCUGCAGCUGCAGAUGGAUCCCGGCCGCCAGCCCAGCGCCCCCAUCACCGUCAGCCACCUCCAGGUGCCGCUCCAGGCCGCUCAGGUGUCCCCGUACAACGAGGGCAGAGUCAAGAUCAUCGUGGGCCACCAGGUGCCUCAGGCCAGCGGCCUGGUGCAGGCCGCCUCCGUGAACGUGGUGCCGCCCGCCCUGCUGGGCCCGGGCCAGGACGAGGUGCUGGCCGGCGGCCGCCUGCAGCUGCUGGGCCAGGUGAGCGUGCUGGCCCCAGCCCCGGCUGCGGUGGCCACGGGGGAUGCAGGGCCGGGGACAGAGCCGGCCGUGCUGCUGAGCACGCAGGAGCAGGGCGAGGGCAGCGCCCUGCACCAGGCCCUGCUCCCCGCGGCUGCCCCCGGCCACGAGCCCCCCGCCGGCCAGGCCUUCAUCGCCAGCUCCGCCAUCAGCUGCUCCGACCUGGAGGGGCUCAACGCCCUCAUCCAGGAGGGAGCCGCCGAGGUGACCGUGGUCAGCGACGGCGGGCAGAGCAUCACCGUGUCCACGGCCGCUCCUCCUCCUCCCAUCUUCUCGUCCUCCUCACACGCAGAGGGCCCCAAGCAGAGCUAUUCCAUCAUCCAGAGCGGGGCUCACACAGCCCUGCUGUGUCCUGCAGACUCCAUCCCUGACUAGCACAGGGCUGCUCCGGGCCCUGCUCUCUGCUGGGGCACUGCUGAGCCUGCCAGGAAUGCACAGGAGCAGCUGAAUGCAGGAUUUGGCCUCCAGAAACAAAUACCUUCCACUCCCACGCUGGAUUUGUACACUGAAGGGAGCAGCCUGUGUGUGACAAGGAGGAUGUGUUUGUAUUUCUGUGCCUGUGCUCCUUGGGAAAUCAAAGCAGCUGUUGCCAGUGUCCCCAAGCAGUGACACCCUCUAAGCAAGGCUCUUGUGUGUGCUGCAUGGAAGAACUCCUCACCUUGUGCUGAGUUACCUCCAGAGCAGCUUUGUUUGAUGCUCACACAGAACCACAAUGACCUGAGCCGUUCUGGAGUUGAACAGAAUGUCAGUUCUGUGCUCUGGCUGCAUUCCCUGCUCCUGGCUGAGCUCUGAGCCCCCACUGCUGGCCCUGCUCCAGCCCAGCUGAGCUUUGGGGGGCUGCUCCUCGGUGUCUGGAGCAGUUGGUAGCACCUGGCACCUGAAAGGCUCAUGCAGAGACCAGGUGGUUGUUUUAGAAAGCAAAACGAUGUUGUCCCUCUCUCAGUAGUAACUAACUUUGUUAGCAACAACACAAAUUCUCUCUGGCAUGGUGAUGGCUGUCAGAGGUGCCUGUGAAUUAAAGAGCAAAACAACUGGAAAUAUAUUUUUUACAAACACUA